CAAAGAAGUACAGGCCUGCUUGAUCUCCUUUUAGCUUUGAGACCCUCUGGAUUCUGUUCCACUCAAGCUGAACACACUCUACCCGGAAAGUAAAACAAAACCAACCCAAACUCCAUUGAGUCAUCGCUGAAUAAAAGAAAGAGAUCAUCCUGAGAGAAACCUACCAAAAAAGGAAAAACAUGGCUUCUAGUUGUAAUUCUAUGAGACUGGAAGGUUUCUUUUCUACUGGUUUCAGAUCAGCAAAACGAUCAUCAAAUGCCCAUCCUAUUCCUUCUUCUUCUCAUCUCUAUACCCAUCGCUUCCCUCUCAAAACGAAUUCGUUUUCCGUUUCACACUCGCCUUCGUUCGCCAUCAAAGCUUCUUCUUCUUCUUCCUCCACCACCAUUGCUGAGCCUGAAGGCAUCAAGAUAAAUUCAGUUCCCACUAAGCCGUUUGAAGGGCAAAAGACUGGGACAAGUGGGCUUCGGAAGAAGGUUAAAGUUUUUAUGCAAGAGAAUUACCUUUCGAAUUGGAUCCAGGCAUUGUUUAAUUCAUUGCCACCCGAGGAUUACAAGAAUGGAGUGUUGGUUUUAGGAGGCGAUGGACGAUACUUUAAUCGUGAAGCUGCACAGAUAAUUAUUAAAAUUGCUGCAGGGAAUGGUGUUGGCAAAAUAUUGGUUGGCAGGGAAGGUAUCAUGUCCACACCAGCUGUUUCUGCUGUAAUUCGGAAGAGGAAGGCCAAUGGUGGAUUUAUAAUGAGUGCAAGCCAUAAUCCUGGAGGCCCUGAAUAUGACUGGGGUAUCAAGUUUAAUUACAGCAGUGGGCAACCUGCACCUGAAUCUAUCACUGACAAGAUAUAUGGGAACACCCUUUCUAUUUCUGAGAUUAAAAUGGCAGAGAUUUCUGAUGUUGACCUCUCUCGUCUUGAAGUUACAAAGUAUGGAAACUUCAGUGUUGAGGUUAUAGAUCCAGUUUCUGACUAUUUGGAAUUAAUGGAGAGUGUGUUUGAUUUCCAGCUCAUCAGAAUUCUUCUCUCAAGAUCAGGUUUCAGGUUUGUAUUUGAUGCCAUGCAUGCUGUUACUGGUGCAUACGCAAAACCCAUCUUUGUGGACAAGCUAGGAGCCAGCCUGGAUUCUAUAUCAAAUGGAGUGCCUUUGGAGGAUUUUGGACAUGGUCAUCCAGAUCCUAAUCUUACGUAUGCAAAGGAUUUGGUCAACACCAUGUAUAGUGAGAAUGGACCUGAUUUUGGGGCGGCAAGUGAUGGGGAUGGCGACAGAAACAUGAUUUUAGGUAAAAAGUUUUUCGUUACUCCUUCGGACUCGGUUGCAAUCAUUGCUGCGAAUGCACAAGAAGCAAUCCCAUACUUUUGGAAUGGUCCUAAGGGUUUAGCUCGAUCCAUGCCCACUAGUGCUGCACUUGAUCAUGUUGCAGAAAAAUUGGGUCUUACUUUUUUUGAGGUUCCCACUGGGUGGAAAUUUUUUGGAAAUCUUAUGGAUGAUGGGAAGUUGUCAAUUUGUGGGGAAGAAAGUUUUGGUACUGGUUCUGAUCACAUUCGCGAGAAGGAUGGCAUAUGGGCUGUUUUAGCAUGGCUCUCAAUUAUUGCAUAUCGAAACAAAGACAAGAAACCAGGGGAGACAUUGGUGUCUGUCUCUGAUGUUGUCAAAGAACACUGGGCAACAUAUGGAAGAAAUUUCUUUUCUAGAUAUGAUUAUGAAGAAUGUGAAUCUGAAGGUGCUAAUAAAAUGAUUGAAUACCUUAGAGAUUUGGUCUCAAAGAGUAAGGAAGGGGCAAAGUAUGGAGAUUAUGUCCUUCAAUUUGCUGAUGACUUUGCAUACACUGAUCCUGUGGAUGGAAGUGUGGCCUCAAAGCAAGGUGUUAGAUUUGUUUUCACAGAUGGUUCAAGGAUUAUAUUUCGCUUAUCGGGAACUGGUUCAGCCGGUGCUACCAUUCGAAUCUACAUCGAACAGUUUGACCGAGUUUCUAAACAUGAUAUGGGUGCCCAAAGCCUGAAGCCAUUAAUAGAUUUGGCAUUGUCUGUAUCAAAGCUGAAGGACUUCACAGGAAGGGAGAAACCUACAGUCAUCACAUAAAGCACACUCUCAUCCUGAACCUCACCUAUCAACUGCCAUCUGUAAUUCUAGGAGGGUUGAGCAUUCCUUUUUUCCUGGCCUCUGUUCAGUUUUGUUUUUUAUGCUAGUUAGUCUGGCAUUAUAAUUUAUGUGAAAUAUUUCUGUGAAAAUAAAACAUCUAGUUUCUAGUGCUAGAUUCGGUGAAAAUAGAUUGAAGUAGAUCAUUCCAUAGGUAGCUGGAAGAUGCAUUUGGACAGACCUUGAAGGGUAAUGUAUCUAUAUGGCUUGCUUUGCCAUUUGAUCUGCAAA